GCUUCCUCGCGCCGCGGUCUUCUCGAUCCACCCCCGACACCGCGGGGCUUCCCCCCGCCCGCCAACGGCGGGUCCCCAGCUUCCCAAUCCCCCUCGCUUCCCGCGCUCUCCGGCGGGGGCCUAGCCCCUGCCUCCUCGCUCCCACCCUUCCCCCGAAUUCCCCUUCCGGACGCUGCCAUCAUGUUGAAGCCUCAGCCGCCACAACAGACCUCCCAGCCCCAGCAGCCGCCCCCCGCGCAACAGGCCGUGGCCCGCCGGCCCCCCGGGGGCACCAGCCCUCCCAACGGCGGCCUCCCGGGGCCCCUGGCCGCCGCCUCGGCUCCCCCAGGGCCGCCCGUGGCCGCUUCCCCCUGCCUGGGGCCUGCAGCCGCGGCCGGGAGCGGGCUCCGCCGGGGAGCCGAGGGCAUCUUGGCGCCGCAGCCGCCGCCGCCGCAACACCAGGAGAGGCCGGGGGCAGCGGCCAUCGGCAGCGCCAGGGGACAAAGCACAGGAAAGGGACCCCCACCGGUAUUUGAAGGUGUCUAUAACAAUUCCAGAAUGCUGCAUUUCCUUACAGCUGUUGUGGGCUCCACUUGUGAUGUAAAGGUGAAGAAUGGCACCACCUAUGAAGGUAUCUUCAAGACUCUAAGCUCAAAGUUUGAACUAGCAGUAGAUGCUGUGCACCGGAAAGCUUCUGAGCCAGCAGGUGGCCCUCGUCGGGAAGACAUUGUGGACACCAUGGUGUUUAAGCCAAAUGAUGUCAUGCUUGUUCACUUCCGAAAUGUUGACUUCAAUUAUGCUACUAAAGACAAGUUCACUGAUUCAGCCAUUGCCAUGAACUCGAAGGUGAAUGGUGAGCACAAAGAGAAGGUGCUCCAGCGCUGGGAGGGCGGUGACAGCAACAGUGAUGACUACGACCUGGAGUCUGACAUGUCCAAUGGAUGGGACCCCAAUGAAAUGUUCAAGUUCAAUGAGGAGAACUACGGUGUAAAGACCACCUAUGAUAGCAGUCUUUCGUCUUAUACGGUGCCCUUAGAGAAAGACAAUUCAGAGGAGUUUCGUCAACGGGAGCUGCGUGCAGCCCAGUUGGCUCGAGAGAUUGAAUCAAGCCCCCAGUACCGCCUGCGGAUUGCCAUGGAGAAUGAUGACGGGCGCACUGAGGAGGAGAAGCACAGCGCGGUCCAGCGCCAGGGUUCUGGGCGGGAGAGCCCCAGCUUGGCAUCCAGGGAGGGAAAAUACAUCCCUCUACCCCAACGAGUUCGGGAAGGUCCCCGGGGAGGAGUUCGCUGCAGUAGUUCUCGGGGUGGCCGACCUGGCCUUAGCUCUUUGCCACCUCGUGGCCCUCACCAUCUUGACAACAGCAGCCCUGGCCCAGGUUCUGAGACACGUGGCAUCAAUGGAGGCCCUUCCCGCAUGUCCCCUAAGGCACAGCGGCCUGUGAGAGGUGCUAAGACUCUGUCUUCACCCAGUGGUAGGCCUUCUGGAGAAACUUCUGUUCCACCUCCUCCUGCAGUGGGCCGGAUGUACCCACCACGCUCUCCCAAGUCUGCUGCCCCUGCCCCAAUCUCAGCUUCCUGUCCUGAGCCUCCCAUCGGCUCAGCGGUACCAACCUCUUCAGCUUCCAUCCCUGUGACAUCAUCAGUUGUGGAUCCUGGAGUAGGCUCCAUUUCCCCAGCUUCUCCAAAGAUCUCACUCGCCCCCACAGAUGUAAAAGAACUUCCGGCCAAGGAACCUGGGAGAACUCUGGAGUCCCAGGAGUUGUCCCGGAUAGCUGGGAAAGUCCCUGGCCUGCAGAAUGAACAGAAACGCUUUCAACUGGAAGAACUGAGAAAGUUUGGGGCCCAGUUUAAGCUUCAACCCAGUAGCUCUCCUGAUACCAGUCUGGAUCCUUUUCCUCCCCGGAUCUUAAAGGAGGAGGCCAAAGGGAAGGAGAAGGAGGUUGAUGGUCUCUUGACCUCAGAGCCCAUGGGGUCCCCAGUCUCCUCCAAGACGGAGUCCGUAUCGGAUAAGGAGGACAAACCACCUCUGCCAUCAGCAGGAGGCACUGAGGGGCCAGAGCAGCCCUCACCAUCUUGCCCAAGCCAAACUGGCAGCCCCCCAGUGGGCCUCAUUAAGGGAGAUGACAAGGAUGAGGGUCCCGUUGCUGAACAAGUGAAGAAGUCAACUUUGAACCCCAAUGCCAAGGAGUUUAAUCCCACAAAGCCCUUGCUGUCUGUGAAUAAGUCCACUAGUACCCCAACUUCUCCAGGACCCCGGACUCAUUCAACUCCCUCCAUCCCGGUGCUGACAGGCCAGAGUGGGCUGUAUAGCCCCCAGUACAUUUCCUACAUACCUCAGAUCCAUAUGGGACCAGCUGUUCAGGCACCUCAAAUGUAUCCAUAUCCUGUAUCCAACUCAGUGCCUGGACAGCAGGGCAAGUACCGGGGAGCCAAAGGCUCCCUGCCCCCCCAGCGCUCGGACCAACACCAGCCAGCCUCAGCCCCUCCAAUGAUGCAGGCCGCUGCCGCCGCUGCCGGCCCCCCUCUAGUGGCUGCCACACCGUAUUCUUCCUACAUCCCCUACAACCCUCAGCAGUUCCCAGGCCAGCCCGCCAUGAUGCAGCCCAUGGCCCACUACCCCUCACAGCCGGUGUUUGCCCCCAUGCUUCAAAGCAACCCACGCAUGCUGACGUCGGGGAGCCAUCCCCAGGCCAUUGUGUCGUCGUCCACCCCUCAGUACCCUUCUGCAGAGCAGCCCACCCCCCAAGCCCUUUAUGCCACUGUUCACCAGUCCUAUCCACACCAUGCCACGCAGCUCCAUGCCCACCAGCCGCAGCCGGCCACCACGCCUACUGGGAGCCAGCCGCAGUCCCAGCAUGCGGCCCCCAGUCCUGUCCAGCACCAGGCGGGGCAGGCCCCACACCUGGGCAGUGGACAGCCACAGCAGAAUCUGUACCACCCAGGGGCCCUGACAGGCACGCCGCCUUCUCUGCCACCGGGACCUUCUGCCCAGUCCCCCCAGAGCAGUUUUCCCCAACCUGCCGCUGUGUAUGCCAUCCAUGCCCAUCAGCAGCUGCCCCACGGUUUCACCAACAUGGCCCAUGUUACCCAGGCCCAUGUCCAAACUGGAAUCACAGCAGCCCCGCCCCCUCACCCUGGGGCUCCCCACCCGCCCCAGGUGAUGCUGCUGCACCCACCCCAGAGCCAUGGGGGCCCCCCCCAAGGCGCGGUGCCCCAGAGUGGGGUGCCUGCACUCUCAGCUUCCACACCCUCACCCUACCCCUACAUCGGACACCCCCAAGGUGAGCAGCCUGGCCAGGCGCCUGGAUUUCCAGGAGGAGCCGAUGACAGGAUUCGUGAGUUCUCGUUAGCUGGGGGAAUUUGGCAUGGAAGAGCUGAUGGGCUGCAGGUGGGGCAGGAUGCACGGGUUCUGGGUGGGGAGUGAGGGGUCUUGGAGGCAGGGCUGUCCCACAGGGCGCCCGCCGACCUGCACCUGUCUGUGAAGUAUGUAGGGUGGGCAGAAGCCACAGUCGCCGCCGCCAGGGGCUUGCUCCUGGCUCUGUCCUUUGCUUCCCUCCGUCCUCGCUCAGUUGUGAUCCAGCAGCCCCCCUCCCCACUGCCUCCCCAGCUCUCAGUGACCCCGACUGUCUCCUGACUUAGCCGAGGUAAGGUCAGCGCAGCAGACAGGGCCAGGCUGGGGUGUGGGGGGCUGAGCUGGGCACACGAGUAAGGGCACUGGCUCACUGGGAAACAGCGAUUGAUCUGUGCUUCUGACAGCCCCAUGAGACACCUUGAGGAGGCCGCUCCUACCCAAACACUCCCCCCACACCCCACACUGGACGGCAUUGGAUGAAGGGACAGCUGCUUGGGUUCUAAUGCUCCUGCUCUCUUCUCUUUCCCCUCCAACCAGUUCAAUCUCAUCCCUCCCAGCAGCUCCCCUUCCACCCCCCGGGGAACUGAAGAUUGUCCUGGCCGCGACCUGAGACCUCCAUGAGUGGAGGGAAGAGUGAUCUAUGUCUCUUCCCCCAGCAGCUCGGACCAGUCCCAGCCCCCCCAACCCCCCUUUCCCCGGGGGAGCUGGGGAGAUCCUGCCAAGCACCUUGAAUGGGAAGGGCCUCAAAGUGGGCAGGGCCAGGGUCCAGCGGGGGCGGGGGGUUCCUGCUCUGCCCUUGCCCGUCCCCACCCUAUCUUGCCCUCCCAUCCUCUCAUCUAUCCCCCGCUGGAAACGGAAGAUCUUUUAUUUUCUAUUAUUUAUAACCUCAGACUUGGGCCCCCCUGUUCUUUCUUCCCCAUUAACUUGAGUGAUCUGCGUGAGACAGACAGAUGCCCCCUAAGGAUGGUUGGACAAGGACUUUUACUUUUUAUUACAUAAAAAUAUUAAAAAAAAUUAAAAAAAAUAAAAUUUUAAACUAACUUAA